AUGCUAUCUGACCCGAAUGAGACGCCUGGGCCUGGUGGUGCAACUGUAAAUAUUCGCAUCAUUGGAUCAAUCCACGUGGACAUAGUGACAGCAAAAACCUUAAGUGAAACUAUGAUAUCUGUUGGAGUAUGGCACCAGGCGUGGGUUGGCAUUGUGGUACUAUUAUAUUGUGUAGCAGAGACAUCAGGGUGUUUCAUCACCAAUUGCCCACCUGGAGGUAAACGAUCGAUGGACACACACAGUAACCAUCCAUGUAUGGCAUGUGGACCAAAUGAUGCGGGCCAAUGUAUAGGACCAAAUAUAUGCUGCAUGCCUGGUAUGGGAUGCUACAUUGGUACUAUCGAAGCUAAACCAUGUAGGCAUGAGAAUGAUAAUCGUGUACUCUGUCAGGUUUAUGGAUCACCAUGUGAAAAAGUGAAUGGUGGAAAUUGUGUUGAUGAGAAUAUCUGCUGCAACACAGAGUCGUGUGCAUAUGACGGACGCUGCAGAUUAGACACUAAUGUGAUACGAAAUCGCUUCAGUCCAGAUAUACUUAGAAUAUUAAGGGAUUUACUGGACGCUAAAAGGAUCGUCAAAUAGUGACUGCUGUGGAUUAGGAAUGUGUGCCUCUCCCGUAUGGGAAAACGCAGUCUUCAUUAUUACUUACGAAUUAUGACUAUGUCCAAUAUAUACAAUUACCUCUUUCACAAUUAAGUUAUGUUUGUGCAAUAAUUGCAUCCAUUCAUGAAUCAGUCUAC